UUGUGUUUUCUUGUUGUGGCAAUUCUAGCUUAUUACUCUAGCCCAACAAAUGCCCAAAACGCCACCGUUUCCACACUCCAAUUCUACAUGCACGACAUCGUUAACGGCCCCAAUCCCACCGCCGUUAGGGUGGCCGGCCCGCCGCCGUCAAACGCCUCGAGCUCCAACCCUCUGGCGGCCAUCUUCGGAUCAAUCUACGUGUUCGACGACCCCCUCACCGCCACGCCGGAGCUAAACUCGACCCUCGUAGGACGUGCUCAAGGGUUUUACGCCGCCGCGUCGCUAAGCGAUGAGUUCGCCCUUCAAAUGACGGUUACGUAUGCCUUCGUGAGUGGGCCCUACAACGGCAGCUCGAUCACCGUGGCCGGGCGGAAUCCGGUGAUGAGGGACGGCCCGCGGGAACUGCCGGUCGUCGGAGGCACCGGCGCGUUCCGGCUCGCUCGAGGAUAUUGCUUGGCCAAGACAUAUUCCAUGGAUGAAAUGGAUGCGGUGAUUGGCUAUAAUGUCACCAUUAUACAUUACUAAAAUUAUAAGGAGUAUUAGAUAACUUGUCGACGCCCUCUUGUUUUUCUC